AUGUCUAUUUCAAAGAGCACAACCCCUACCCCUGUUGCCAACGGUGACACUCAUGAAUCCCUUACGGCCUCACUCAAACAGGAAACUGAUCAGAAGGAACAGCUUCUUGUACAACUGCAGGACAAGGAGCAACUGGUCUCCACCUAUGCCACGGAGAACAGCAAUCUUACUUUGGCUCUAUCUGCCGCAGAAACCCGACUGAAUGAGCUUUAUGCUGAGCAGUCACGUUGGGAGUUGGAGCUCGCUCAACGUAUUGACAUAUCCGACAAGCUGCGAGAACAGGUGCGCGAGCUCGAGAAGGAGAAACGAGAUGUACAGCGCAGGUACAAUGAACAAACUGCAACGUUCGAAGCAGAGAGGCAAGCGUUUUACGACAACGAGCAGCACCUCAAAUCACGUAUACAGUCCCUCACGCAAGCUCGAAAGCGCGUAGAGUCGAACGCAGCUCCCACUGAACUUGAGCCAGAGUAUGAUACUGUCGAGGAAGAUGUUCCCUCAUCCCCUCAGCGCAGCGAAGCUCAUGCAACCACCGUCCUGCAAGAUUUCAACGACCCGGAGAGCGAACCCGCUGAAAUGACUUCUCUACGGUUGGAGCUUUCCACUUUGUCGACGUCCUAUUCGUCUCUUCAAAGCACUCUCAUAUUGAUGCAAACCCAGUUGGUUGAUCUAAAGAGGGUGAAUCAAGAGUUACAGGAGGAGAACGAGAGCUACAUGAUUUUGCUCAGGGAAAAGACUCUGAGCGGUCAGUUCGACCUCUUGAAGCAAGUCGGGACUAGUGGGGCAAGUAGUGAAGACGAUACCACCAGCGACGACGAACAGGGAGGCACUGAUGUUGAUAGUAUGCGCAGUCGCGGACGGAGCACCCUGGACAGUGUCGAGGAAGAAUCGCCAGAUCUCCUCAAUACACAGCUGCCUGGCGACCUGUCUGACUCUGAGGCACCGCAACCCUCGCGAGGUGGCCGUCGUCAUGGCGGAUCAGAACGCAAACGCACCUCCUCCUCGCAUGCACCACGUGGCGAGUCACUGGCAGGCUUGCCUAUCACUGGACCUGGCCUUGACCUGGCCGCUGAACUUGGACGCGCUGAAAAUAAAGACAUCCUCGCCGGAGAUUCUUUGGACGACCGCGAUCGCUCAGCUCCUGUUGGAAAGAGCAAACGCAGCAAGAAAGGUUCCGAUGGGACCAAGAUAUCCCAAGCAGACACCGCUGGUGUGGACACUGCCGAUAUUGACGCGUUGCGGACAGAAGUCAAGUCGCUCAAGGACGCAAACAAGGCCCUUUCGUUGUACGCUUCCAAGAUCAUCGACCGCAUUAUUGCACAAGAAGGCUUCGAGCACGUCUUGGCCGUGGAUUAUGACAAAGAACCGAAGACACCUCAGACAGCUAUUCCUAACAUGAACCCGUCCAAAUCACUGCCCUCCGGUCAGUCGAGAGUUAGACCUCAAUCCGUCAACUUUGGCCGCUCCUCGUCCAACCCAGGGACAACCUUCGAUGCCAAACUGUCUUCUCCACCGAAAACCGCCGGCCUGAAAGCUAAUCGUCGGUCACUCUCCUUCGAUUGGAAGACUUUCUCCCUCUUCAACAACGCUCCUCCGGAGAAGAAGCCUGAACCACCUUCUAAUCUGCGUCCAUUGACUCUGAAACCAGGAGCUCUGCCCGUAACGGGAGCCCGCAAGCUAGACAACAUCGAAGACGAGGAAGAUAGAAAGGAAAGAGAACGGCUCCACGCCACCAUGAAACUUAUGGGCAUCCAGCCACCAGCAUCACCUAUGGCGUCUCCCGUGAUUCCUACUCCUGCCCCCAUGGAAAGAUCUGCUAGCACGCCCGACGCUCCGACGGCCAAGAACAACCGCCGCUUCUCACUGUUCGGGUCGAGGACACCAAUCGAAACCUCUGAUGCCUCGUCGGUCCAUUCAACGUCGUCAGUUGGCCGAUUCAAUCAGAACCCUCACGGCUUGACAGAAGAGGCUCUCGAACAGGCCCAGGCUGAGCAAUCGCUCGCGGUCCUGGACGCCCGCGAGCGGGAGAUAAGUGCCGAAAUCGCUAAAGGAUCAAGUGGUGGGUUCACGGAGAUCGCACGCAGGUCCAGCAGAAGGGGCAGAAAGAGCGCUGGAGGCAGCAGUGGCAGCACAGUUUGGAGCGCUGGCAUGAGCGGUGCCGGAGACGACUGA